UUGAUUGCUGAACAAUGUGCAGGUGAAUCAGUUGUGGUUGAGUAUUUAUACCUCAUUAUUGAGUUCUAGGAGUUUUAUCGAGAUCAGGUUGGCAAUCUUUUGCCGUUUCAGGCUUGGAAAACAGAAGGUUGUGCCGUCAGUCGUGUAAAGCUUAAAGAUAGCAAGUGCACAACUUGAGCAAUUGAAUGAGUUUGGACUUUGGAGUCUAUUCAAGUAGCAUUUGUCGAGAAACUCAGACCUUGCAUAGCACGGCCUGCAGAAUUCUUCUGGCAAUCGCGCUCUUCCUGCAUGCAACUGAGGUGAGUCGUGCAUUCUGUGAGUUGAGUUUAUAUCUUCUCAGCAGCAACAACAAACUCGAAACUUUGCUUUGGAUACGCAUCGCUAGCUGCAGGAGGAGGUGGGGGAGGAUACACUACUGCCCGACCAGCAAAGUUGUGCUCGGCAAUGCUGGUCGUGCAUUUCUUUCCGCUGGGCCGGGUUGGGACCCAGGUGCAGCCGCUAGGGCCCGGUGGUAGAUCAACUUGAUGCUUCAACGAUGGCAGCAGGAGGUCUUGGCCCCUCCUCAGCCAUUGCUCUUGUUCUUCAUCAAGAACUCGAGUGGCUUCGUAUGGUUUUAUGGUGAGAAAGGCUACUACUAUAGUAACCAAGAUUGCUUUUUUGGACAUCAUCUUGUUUCUGAAAGCGGCAAAAACUUUAAUAUUUUUGGGUUCAGAUUAAACAAUGUUGCAAAUAAAAAUGGAACGGUGAAUGUAGAGGUUUAAGGUUGUGUGCGUAUAUAUAAUGCAUGAGAAUAAUGAUGAUCA